GGGGCGGCCGUAGAGGGCUGAGGGGCGGGCGGUGGUGGCGGGGGGGGACACCUCGCCAUGCGGUACAACGAGCGGGAGCUGCUGUCCCUGGCCCGGCAGCCCGCCGAGAAGGCGGCCGAGAUCUUGAUGCGGGUGCCCAAGAAGGGGAGCGUGUUAAAGAAACGGCUCGUGAAGCUCGUUGUCAACUUUCUCUUCUACUUCCGGACAGAUGAAGCAGAGCCCAUUGGAGCUCUGUUGCUGGAACACUGCAGGAUCACCAAAGAGGAGGAGAACGUCUUCUCAAUCAGUUUCAUUGAGGAGCCAGAGAGGAAAUACUGCUUCGAAUGUGACAGUGAAGAGCAGUGUCAGGAGUGGAUUGAGGCACUCAAGCGAGCUAGCUACGAGUUCAUGAGGAGGAGCUUGAUUUUCUACCGGAAUGAGAUCCAGAAAAUGACAGGGAAGGACCCCCUGGAGCAGUAUGGGAUCUCCGAGGAAGCCCGCUUCCAGCUGGGAACACGCAAGCAAUAAUCCCCUCACCUGGGCUGAACUGGCUUCUGGCCGCGGAGGGUCACCCCCAAGCCCCCCCUCCAGGAAAGAACAGCAGCAGUUCCCCACAGCAGUGACCAAGUGACUUUUUAAUUUAUUAGCCAAAUAAUUUUGUAUGAUUUUUUUAAAGGGAAUUCAUUGCACAUUCCCACUUGCCCCAGCUGUGGAGGCAGCCAGUCUUAACCACUCCCUGCAGACUGUGCCCUUGAGCUGACAACGCACCGCUGCGGCAGUGGGAGUAAAACCACCCUGGCUCCUCACGAAAGCAGAGGAGGCAGGGACUGAACAGAGCUCCCAGCACCUGCUGUCCUCCAGCGCAGGCUUGCAGCCUUCUGGCCUGGAGCUUCUGGGGCAGGCCCUGGGCCAGCUCUAGCCCUCCUGUUCCUCUCCUGCAGGGAGCUACUCAGCUUUUCUGGCUCAGGCUCUUCCUGCAGUCUCCAAGGGAGCCAUGGAGGGUUGUUCAUCCCCUUGCUGUAAGAGGAUGCUCCAACUGACUGCAUGUCUGUGCUUGCAGGGUUAACCCCGUCAUGCCCUCUCCUGUUCACUGCAAAGCCAUUUCGGUUGCUGAGACCUGCUAGCAGAGCCUGAUGGCCAAGCUGUUGAGCAAGGAGGAGUGGGAAGCUUUCCAUUAACAUGGGGAGAGCUCAGCCACAGCUCCAGCUGACAGGGAGGGGGCAUCCACCCCAGCCACUCCGUCAAGGUAGCAGAGUCUGUGCAGCCACUAGCACCUGCUUCUUGGGGUUGUUUUCUUCUUUUCCCUUCUUUGGGCAGGUGGUGCUAAUUCCUAGAGGCUUGAUGAAGCCCACACUACAGGCCAUGAGAGCACUCUCACAAAUGCAUUAGAGAACAAAGCUGCAAAGCUCAAGGGAGCAGAGACAGGGCUGAGAGAUCUGUGUCGUGAUCCUGCCUCCCUCUGCAGUGCUGUGGGCUGGGCUAAGCUGUGCAGUUAUUCAGCUUCCCAGAGAGGAAAGCCAGAUGGAGAGGUUUGUAAAGACAGGAACUGCUCCACUUUGGCUGGAUGUUUGAGCUUCGGGGCAUGCAGAAGUUAAGCCUAGGGAGCAUGUGACAGCUGGGCAUUAACCCUUUGUUCCCUGAGCCAUUGCUGCAGCUUUUCUCCCCUUUGUGAGCGUCCAAAGGGAAAGACCAGAAAACUCUGCCGAGGUCACAGUGAGCUGCCAGGGAACGAGGGCUGCCUUCCCUGGGGCUCCUGUAAUGAAGAGAUAAGCGUUAAGGAUUGUCUCGCCUCGAGGCUCCGCACCUUCAGCCGUGGCUCUGGCUGCACGAAGGAAAACUGCCCAGAGAUGAGGGACAGAAAGACACUCCCCACACCUGCACCCAGGGCUUCAGGAGACCCAGGUUCCCAACUCCCGCAGGAGCAGAGGACGCAGCUGCCUGCAGCAGGUCCCCUGCAACUAGACCAGGAAAACCUCCAGGAAAGGCCCCUGGGAAGAUCCCAGGUAACAUUGUCAGAUGGUUGAUGACAGAAGGAACUUGGCUCACCGCUGGGGCAGGUAAACACAGCAUGAGGGCUUGGCCUGAGCUUUGGGGGUUUGCAGCUCUGGGCUUUGUUCCACCUGGCUAGCAGGAAUGCUGCUCUGCAGCUAACCAGCACGUGGUAAGCGAGGUGGGGUAGAGCAGCCUGUGCUGUGAUCUGGGGUUGAAAGGAAGUUUUGGGUCUCUUCCUCUUUGGCUGGGAAUUAAUGCCGAAACAAGAGCCCAUAUUGCAAGCUUUAGUGGCCUGGCCUUCCCUCUUUACCUCAUGCUGCUGGGUUCCAGGAGAGUGGCAGAUGUCACUGAUGCUUUAUUUUUAACCUCAAAGCCAAGAUUGUUCCUUUCCCUCCCCAGAUACUCCCUUUCCCUUCAAUCAUUCCAGGUGCUUGCUCCAGAAAUUACCAAAAUAAGCAGCUGUCCUGCAUAAUAAGCUGAGGUCAUGACAGAGUGGCAGCAGAAAAUGGAGUGGUUUUGAAGACAGAUGGCAACUCUAGUGGAAGCAGCAAUGAGGGAUUAAAAGCAGGAACAUACAAGAGCUUGCGCUUCAGAGAAUUGGUGUCCUCAGAUGACUUUAAAGUGCAUUUUAAUCCUCACAAGCCUACUCUGCUUUACCUCAGUGCAGGGGCAUGUUCCUGACAUGCUGGUGGGGUAUGCAGCAGCUUUACUUACUGUGAAAAAGAGACUCAUCUGUCUGGUCGCCCAAGAGAGGACAGACAGACACACUCCAGCCUCGGCAGCGGAAUAACCAGAGCUGCGCUGCAGCCGCUGCUUCCUCUUCUGUAGCGUGGGCCGAGCAGAGCAGAGGUGGGCUCCCCCACCACAGGUAUCGCAGCUCUCAGCGUUGGCUGACCAGCUGUGAACGCUUCUGCAAGCCAGUUUCAGAGGCAGAACGUCCACGUCCAAACUGAGCUCCCCAGGGUUCAGUGUUAGUGAAUUCUUCAAUAUGCAAAGUCAAGCCAUAUAUAAACAAAACCCUGGGAAUUCUGCCAACAUUCAGUCAUUUCUAGCAAACAAAAUUCUAGCGUUGCAGCGAGGCUCAGAGUUUCUGCCAGCCACCUUCAGUAGCUAACAGUUCUGAACCGUGUGCCUUCCAGGACUAUCGCUAGUGUCCUCUCUUUGCAUGCCUUUCAGAAGGUAGAGCCGACACCCACCAUCUUCACUGUAUGUAAAAUGGGCAUUUUUACUUAGAUGUUAUGGGGAACAGUUGGGCGAGCGAGAGAGAAUCCCAACGCUUAUUUAAGAGGCAACAAUGACAUUUCUUAACUGAAUGUAAGACAAAUGCUGUGAAGAGUUACACAGGCCAGCGGCUGGCCCAGUAACUUAGAUCAACUUCUAGACUAGCACUAGGACACUGGGUUAGGUUUCAGGAGUAAGGGCAGAUGGUACUUCUAGACACUUUGAGAUCUGCAUCAACUGCUGGUGAUUUAUAGACAAUUGUUCAUUUUUCAUACUCCGGUCACUGCUUUUUGUAUUUCAGUGGCCUGUUCCAGUGAGCGCUGUGUACAGGCUCCCUGAAAGUGUACUGAAGCCAUUUAUCUGUUGUACAGUGAACAUUUCCAAUAAAAACUUGUUUUAAUCUU